UACAGAUAGAGAAUUUACUUUACAAAAGAAAGUUUUAUGCAAAUAGUGUAAAGGAACUGGAUCAAAAGAUGGAACAUUAAAAAUUUGCAAACAUUGUAAUGGUAGAGGUUAAAGAAUGCAAAAUGUAAAUAUGGGUAUAGGUUUCACUGUCUAAAUGCAAACUACAUGUGAUAGAUGUGGAGGAAGAGGUAAAAUUAGUUCAGGGAAUUGUUCUAAUUGUAGAGGAAAUAGAGUCUAAUAAACAUCAAAGACAUUGCAAAUAGAAGUUGAAAGAGGCAUGACUGAUGGAUAAACUAUUGUUUUUAGAGGAGAAAGUGAAUAGAGUCCUGAUUAUUUCCCAGGAGAUGUUAUUUUUUAUUUAAGAUAAAUGAAACACCCUCUAUUUGAAAGAAAAGGUAAUGAUUUAUACAUGGAUAUGGAAAUUACUUUAAAAGAAGCUAUAUUAGGAUUUAAGAAAAGAGUUAAGCAUUUAGAUAAUCAUUAUGUAGAAGUUGAAAGCAAUAAAAUUAUUUAACCAUUUGAAGUAUAUUAUUAUAAUUAUUAAAUUCUAUUAGGUAAAGUAAAUUUCUCAAGAGGGUAUGCCAAUACAUUAACUUCCAAGUGUUAAAGGUGAUCUGUAUAUAAAAUUCAUUGUAAAAAUGCCUACAAAAUUAAAUGAACAAGAGAAAGAAUUCAUUAAAAAGAUAUUUGCUUGA